AUGGCGGCCGGAAUUCUUAUGACUAUAUUUCCCAUGCGCUGCCAUAAUUCUACUAUUGAUGCUAAUCAUGUGACCCGCGUACUACACUUCCCUACAUGCCGCAGGUCACGUGAUGCAUCUCAAACCCACCCCCUAUUACGUGCGUGCCGUCUGCCUACAGGACGGCUGCACAACUACAUCUCCCAUGCUGCCAAGCCUCUUACUACUUCCGGUCCCAGCAUGACUAUGUUGGCGCCGGUCACGUGA